AUGGCCACCAUCCACAACAUCGUCCACUCCGACAACGCCCCUGCCGCCCUCGGCCCCUACUCCCAGGCUAUUGUUGCCAACGGUUUCGUCUUCUGCUCUGGCUCGAUCGGCAUCAACCCCCAGACUGGCGCCGUACCCGAGGGUGUCGAGGCCCAGACUGAGCAAGUCUUUGCCAACAUGGGCGCUGUCCUCAAGGGAGCCCACUCGUCGUUCGCCCAGAUCGUCAAGACCACCGUCUUCUUGAAGGACCUCAAGGACUUUGAUGCCGUCAACAAGAUCUACGCCAAGAACAUGGGUGGUGCUCUCCCUGCUCGCUCUUGCGUCGAGGUCGCUCGUCUCCCCAAGGAUGUCUUGGUCGAGAUUGAGUGCAUCGCUACCGUUUAA